CUUUGCAAAGGGGGGCCUGUUUUGUUAUUCCUACUGUAAUUUAUCUGUGAUCCCUAGGUUUACAUGGUAUAGAUUUCUGUACAGAAUGUGGAUUCUCAACAAGUGGAAAUACAACUCAAUGCUAGUGUAUGGUCUUUAUGUGGAAGAACAAACACUAAGGUAUGCAGCACAAAUUUCAGAUUAGACGAAAAGAGAAACAAAACAACACUAAUUAGAUGUCUAACCUAAUAUGCUCUUGCAAGGAAAACAAAACAUACUAAAUGCACCUCAAUGUUCACACUACUACAGCUGACUGCAAAGCUGCCAGUAGUUUAUAUGCUUUACUCCAGCAAACCCCAGCAAUGUUAAUAACUAAGUUGCUAAAGCAUAUAACUGAAAAGACUAUGCAACAUUGCAACCUGACUACACCACAGAGAUCAUGCUUUGGCAAAGAAGCACACCUCAGCUAUCUGGGUGGACGUAUGACAUGACAAUGGUAUCUCAAAUGCUAGAAGUUGAAUAAGACAGCCUUCCUCAACUCCAGUAUAAAUAGUUCAUGCUCAGACUGCAGCUUCCUCAGUCCCACAGGGAGGAAGUUCAGAGUUCUAAUAAGAGCAGCAGCCAAUAUCAUUCACAAGUUAUUUUUCUGCAACAUGUCAGCAACCAAUCCUUUGGUCACGGCUCAUGUCAUACAGGAUGUGUUGGAUCCCUUUACACCAACCAUUCCACUAAGAAUAGCAUACAACAAUAAGCUACUUCUGGCAAGUGCUGAGCUAAAGCCAUCUGCGGUUGUAAGUAAACCACGAGUCGAUGUCGGUGGCAAUGACAUGAGGGCUUUCUACACCCUGGUACUGAUUGACCCGGAUGCUCCAAGUCCAAGCCAUCCAUCACUAAGGGAGUACUUGCACUGGAUGGUGACAGAUAUUCCUGAAACAACUAGUGUCAACUUUGGCCAAGAGCUAGUAUUUUAUGAGCGACCGGACCCAAGAUCUGGCAUCCACAGGCUGGUAUUUGUGCUGUUCCGUCAACUUGGCAGGGGGACAGUUUUUGCACCAGAAAUGCGCCACAACUUCAACUGCAGAAGCUUUGCACGGCAAUAUCACCUCAGUGUUGCCACUGCUACAUAUUUCAACUGUCAAAGGGAAGGUGGAUCGGGCGGAAGAAGGUUUCGGGAAGAGUAG